AUGACGCCGUCAACCGCGGACUUUGACGGCGCGGCGAUGGAGCGCAGAGGUGAAACGACGCUGGAGCAGCGGUAUUCGAUUAAAGCCCUUAUGUCUGCAGGGACUGCCCCGUCUGACAUAUCACGGAUAUUAAAUAUAAACAAGAGGACAGUUUAUAGAUGGAUGAAGAGGAUACAAGAAACCAACAACGUGAACAGCCUUCCGGGGAGUGGCGGGCCGCGACACGUAACCCAAGAGGAGGAGCAACGCAUCAUCGCUUCCGCCAGGAGAAGCCCUCUCACCACAUCAGUCCAGCUCAAGCACAAAAUAGGAUGUCAGUUUGGAGUUCAAACAAUCAGAAAGAUACUACACAGAGCGGACAUACACUACAGGACCCCUGCCGUCAAGCCCUUCCUCUCCCAGGAGAACAAGGAGGAGCGACUAGGAUUCGCACUUGAGUAUAUUACUGAGGCAGGCGACUUCUGGGACAAUGUUGUGUUCUGCGAUGAAAAGACUUUCUCCUCUGAUGCACAUGGAGGGCUGCAUUGCUGGAGGCCAAACAGCACGAGGUAA